AAGCAGACAAAGAGAGGAUCAGCCUGCUGGUAUCAGUGUGAGCUCCACUUUCCUCUUUUUAUGCAGACUUGUAACAUACAGUCAGAGGAUGAUCAGUGACGGAUGUUCAGCGUCUUUUGUGGUCUUUUGUUUCCUGUGGAGGAUCAUUCCUGUCAGAGGAGAUGCUGACGUGUCCUGUGUUUUUAUGGAGAGAUGCAUCUUACCGUGCAGUUUCCAGAGCGGCUUUGAUGGUAUCAUCCACUGGUUUCAGGUGACAGAGAGAGACCUCUACGUGCACUCAUUCUACCUCAACAAAGACCAGCUUGGACACCAGGACCAGCGCUUCAGAAACAGGACUUCAGUGUUCAAUGAUCAGAUCUCCAGAGGAAACGCCUCACUGCAGCUGACAGGGGUCAAGGUCCAGGACCAGGGCAGAUAUAAGUGCCACACCAGCACCAUCAGAGGAGACCAGGAUUCAUUUAUUAACCUAAAAGUGGACGCUCUGGUGCAUGAAGUCAACAUCCAGCAGGUAGGAAACAGAAUCACCUGCAGCUCAGAGGGGAUCUACCCCAAGCCUGAGCUCAUCUGGUCCACCAGCCCUCCAUCCGGCAAAUACACAGCUCAGCAGAUGGAACAGCAGACUCAUCAGCAUCUUUACAACAUCAGCAGUUUUCUGUUAUAUUCACACAGUGAUGCAGCUGUGGGCUACAGCUGCACAGUCAGCACUCGCAGAAACAGGAGGACGGCAACUUGGAGGCAGCUGACUUCAGUUAUUGACGGCUACUCUGAAACAACGAUCUCCUGCUCCAACUUAAGCCCUUCACUAACAAGUCUUACCUGGAGAUUCAACCACAGUCAGACCAUCCUGACACAGAGCGGGUCUGAUGGCAGCCACACCGUCUCAGAGGGGUGGAAGCAGCAUGUGAAGGAUGUAUCAGAGUCAGGCAGCCUCACACUGCAGGACUUAUCUUCAGAUCAGGAGGGAACAUACACGUGUGAGCUCAGCGAUGCUGAGGAGACGCACGUAAUCAACACCUUUCUAAAGAUACACAAUAUUAACGACAGCACAGCCAUGCCACUGUGGGUUAGCAUUUUAAUAGCAGUAACAGCUGCAAUGAUAGAAGCCUUCCUGCUGCUGUGCCUGCUGUUCUAUCAACAGAAAAAGGGUCAUCAGAAGAAAAACUGCAAAGAGCCACGAAAUGCAAAGAGCCGAGCACUCACUCAGCUAGAAACGGUGAACGCUGAUGCAGGCGAGGACACGACCACAGCGAUGCUUCAUCACAGAAGCUCCACGUGUGACUUUUGUUGAGGAUUAUUUUGUCCAAGGAUCCAUGUUCUUUGUCCAGGGAAAAACUAACAACUCCACACACACAAACCUCAGGGUUCAAAACUCAGAAACAAAAGUGUAACUUUGCGGACUGUAACAUCACGUUUUUAUGAUGGUUUCAUUUUGACUCACUUCAUCUGA